AUGCCUAUAGGGUCUGGUAUGGAUGUAUUAACAGCCAAAAUCAGUUCUAACGAGAAUCGCGCUGUCACCUAUCAGAUUCCGAUGCUUCAGGACCAUCGAUCCACUCAGGGAUGUAUUCCGAUCGUGGAUGAUGGGAAUGUUCUACUGGCUAUGGCCUGGACCACACCGGGACACGGCGGAAGUCAAAAGAGAAUCUUGGGUGACAAUCAGGAACCAGCACGAAUGCGAAUAUGUCGAUCUGGCCCAACGAUCCAAAGAGAGUGGGCGGGCAAGGGGUUGGAGUCCGCGAACUGUGGGCUCGAUAAGGGACAUCUCCCGAUCGACCCAGACAUCGGCCCUUAUCGCCGAUCAAUGGAAGGAGGGAAUGUCUCAAGUAGGUCUGCUUCUUCAAGACUGGCUUCGGUGUCAAUUGGAGAAGUCAAUUAUUGA